GGAUAGCAGGAGCAAAGUGCAUCACAAUAAAGCUAAACCGCUUGUCUCUCGGCUCACUCACAAGUUAACCUUACAAGCGUUAGAGAGAUUCCAUUCCAUUCCAGAGCUAAUUUUAUCUAAAAGGGGCUACUCUCUCAGAAAAGCCUCCAGACUUGCAUGGCCGCCGUACAGAGGACUCCUACGCCUAUUGAUCCAAGGAGCCGAAUGGCUUUCAUAGAGUCUAUGGAGGAAGAACUAAAGAGGGUGCAGGAACAUUUAGGGAGAAGACAAUGGAAGCAGAGAAACAGUUCCACCAUGACUCAUUCUGCAUCGAGCACUUCUUCAUCAAGCACUUCUUCAUUCAGGAAACAGCAAACGUACUACACCCUGGCAAGGAGCAACCCUGCGACUAGGAGGAAGAGACUGUGGGAGCCAAAAGAUGAAGAAGACAGUGACGAAGCUACCGCAGCACUCUAUCGAGCAAACAGCGCCCAAGACAUCUUGCUAAACCAUCACCACAGGCGGUCCUCCAUCAGUAGCUGCAGCAGCAAGUCCCCUACCUCAAGCCCAGAGCCAAUUCGAGUCAAAUCUCCUCAGAGACUCCCUCCUUCAGGAGGUUAUGGGAAAGAAUCGCCUUUUGGCUCACCAACAAGAAGAAGACUCAGCUCCCCAAUGAGAGGCAGGAGCACUUCUCCUGCUAGCUGUCUCCUACAAGACAGCCCAAUUUACUUCCUUGACGACAAAAAAGAGGACCAAGUGGAGAAUAGUCUCUCCAACGCUACACAUCUUGCCGUUAAAGAGAUGGCCUAUGCAUUCCGUGAUGCAGUUUUUCCUGAUGAGUCCUACGACGCUGAAGAAGAUGAUCAGGAGGAGGAGGAGGAGGAGGAGGGAGGGGAAGGAAGUGAUACCAGAGAGGUAAUGCCCUCGGCCCUUGAUGACCUUUUCACUGCAACCGAUUCCGAAACUAGUCAGUACUCAAAUCAAAGUGAUCAAAAACCAACCGAUUGUAACACUAAAAUCAGUCCCGUUGAUCAAAUAAGUGUCAAAAAAUCGUCUGAUUUGAGAUCUGAAUUGAUUAGUUCUCAAGGUCCAAGACCAGUCCCUGUUGUUGCCAACGGUAACGAGUCAACAAAAAAACCAGAGACUGUAACACACUCAAUAUCGUAUGAGAGAUCUCAACUUGAUAAUCUCAAGAAAAUCAAAGAGCUGAGGCUGGAGAAGGAAGAAUCAGACAAGCAGCUGUCGAGAAUGAUAGAGCAACUUCAGCUCCAACUGAGGGAAAAAGAGAAAGACAUUGACUCACUUCAGACGCAACAUUUGAUGGAAAUAAAAGUACGAGAAGAACGGAUUAAGAAACAGAGUAGACAAAACGCCAGACUUGAGAGAGAAAAGUGGGACCUGCUUAAGCGAGCGAGAGAGGCAGCAGAGCGCUCCGUUAAUUUAAGAACCAAACUGGACCUUCAGGACGGAUCAAUGAGAUCACUACAAGUUGAAAUGGAUAGAACUAGGGAUGAGAUGUCCUCAGUCAAAGCUGCCAAUAACAGUCUGAGGGCGCUAGUACGAGAUCUUAAAACUAAAACCCAAACCUUUGAUGUCGGAAUUCAAGUUGAUAUGAUUGUGCCACACCCACAAGUGGUUGGCAUGGAAACUCAUCAAGAGAAUGGUCAGCGAGAGGAACCAGGUGAGAAUGACAGUGGUAACGCUAGCGGAGGGGGAGGUGCUGAACUAAACAUACUGGAAGAAUGGGCGGAGAAUAUGAGCAUAACUUCAUCUCAUUAUGAUGGCCGAGAGACCACGCCUACAAACUCAUUCCUUGAGAGACAAGGGAAAGAGAGGAGGAGUAUGAAGAACCUGUUGAAAUUCAAAUUCCGUCGCUCAUCAAGCACUGGAAAACAACGACACAGUUCGACCAGUCUCACUAGGGCCAGUACCAGCACCUCUAGUCUAGAUAACCUACAGCUUUGCAGUCAGUCCUCACUCCCUGUCACACACUCUGUCUCAGGACUCACUCGUUCACAGUCCCCAGGGAAUACUCACCAAAGACACUCGACCGUGAGUCUCCAGGAACAAGCAAACCUCACUCACCCUCCCCCUCGAUCUGCUCCCUCACCAGUCGCCAUUAUAUCACCUGCUCCACAUCUCCCCCAGUCCGGAGGGCAGCAAGGCAGUUCUGAUUCACACGUAGUACUAAAGGAAUUCCAGGGAGUGAGUUUUCAGCAAUGGAACACAAGGGCUUUAGUGGCAUGGAUAGACAUUGUUGUUGGUAUGCCCCAGUACAUUAGUACCAUCAGACAGCACGUGACGUCAGGACAUGCUAUGCUGGCACUUACUAACAGCGACAUGGAAAAGAGACUGGGUAUAGGACACCCUCUACAUAGGAGGAGACUAAGACUAGCCAUUGAAGAACAAAGAAGACCUUCAAGUCCAGUGUAUCCAGAAGCAGCUGGUAUUGAUCAUAAUUGGGUAGCCUACACGUGGGCGGUGAAUUGCGGUCUCCCUCAUUUAUCAUCGCAGCUGUACAACGGAAUGGUCAAUGCUAUCGUCUUGAAUUCACUAUCCAGAGAAGACCUUAAGAAAUACUUCAAAAUCACGAAGAAGGUGGAGCAGCUCAGUUUCUUGUCUGGAGUGGAGUUGCUGAGGAUGCACGAGUUCAAUCGUGACUCACUCCACAUGCACCACUUGACCACGGACAACCCACUGUACUGGAAUAAUGGCGACAUACUCAACUGGCUCAAGAAGAUAAACUUGGAGGAAUACUCAGGCUAUGUCAAAGACUCGGGGGUCCAUGGGGCCCUCCUGUUUUUAGAAAGAGGAUACUUCAACAGUGAGCAGCUGGCAAAUAUAAUUCACAUACCAACCAAGUCUCCUCUGAGAAAGUAUCUAGCAACACAACUAGCUAAACUCUUCUCGGCAGACGAAUUAAACAGUGCUGAAGCCAAUGAAGAGAUCAUUACGUCACAAGAGCAGCUCACACCUGCUGAUGUUGCCCCCCUCUCUCCUUCUUCCCCUCCUCUUCACACAAUGUUAUCAUCGUCAAGCGAGCACUCACCACACCCAUCUCGCCGGUUGCUAGCGGUAACCACCUCAAACCCAAACCUAACGGAAGAAGAACAGCCUCCGCCCACAAACUUUGACAGGAAUCAUGUUGGGAGGCGGAGCUUAAGAGAAUCAAUGUUAAGAGCAGUUCAAUUGCCAGCUGCUGACACUAGCAGAAGACAGAGACCUGUUAGUCAGUUAGUAAGUACUACAACCGUCUAAUGGUCACGUGACUGACACACCCACUUAUGUAUCAAUCAUUAUUACAAUCAAGAUUAUUUCACUAUUAUUUAAUAUUAAUAUUAUUAUUAUUAUUAUUAUUAUUAUUAUUAUUAUUCACAGCAUCCAUUUUUUCGCUGCAGACUUGACCAACACUCAAUUAUUUUAAAAUUGUCAUUAUUUUCUGUCGUAUUUAUUAUUAUUUAAAUUAUUAUUAUUAUUGUUAUUAUUAGUAAUGGAGUCACGAUCGUUAUUUAUCAUCACA